ACACACACACAUUCACACACACACAUACACCCACACAAUAUACACAGAUGCUCGAGGGAACAUCUUCAGUAGCCAGUGAGUUUUCUCACGGUACACACAUACGCACAGACACACGAGCGGACAGAUAACCCAUCACUCUUACUACUCAAGUUCUCACCCGAAUCGCACCAAACCAUCCUGAGAUCUCUGUGUUCAUCAUUGUGUGGUGGAGUCAUGGGGACCUUGUCUCGCGUGAUGCGUCUAAUUGUCUGCAUUCUCGUCACUCUUUUGGUCACUGCUAAGUCUGUGGAAGGCAAGAAAAAUGUGCUGGUCUUUAUAGGAGAUGACGCUGGCUUCCUCCAGUCGGCCUACAACAACACGGUGUGUCAGACACCCAACCUGGACAAACUGGCAGCCAGGAGUCUUACCUUUACACACGGCUAUACCAGUGUCAGUAGUUGCUCUCCUAGAACAGCGGAUUGUCUCGCUGGGGUCGUCAUCACAACGGGGGACUCGUCCAGCCCGACCGUUGUUGAGACACUGAGGGAGAAAGGCGCCAUAUUCACCUGCUCUUUUGAGGAAGAGAGGAGAGCCUUGGAAAUGGCCAUUGACUGGAUCGACAAACAGUGUGAUGCAUCCAACUCUGUCGUUGUCUUCACUGACAAUGACUGGUGUAAAAUACCCUUCUUCCUGUACAUCGGUUUCUUCGACUCGCACCGCACCAGACCCUCGGACGUCGAAACAUACGGUCCUUUCAGGAACCUCUGGGGUACCGGGAAACCUGGCAUGGGCCUCAUUAAAGACUGGACCCCUCAGGUCUAUAACCCCGAUGACGUCAUCGUGCCCUAUUUUCUGCCGGACAAUGACGUCACGAGACGGGACAUAUCGGCAAUGUACACGUCAUUCGGCAGAAUGGACCAAGGUAUCGGCCUAUUCCUCCACGAGCUAGAGAAGGCAGGGCAUCUAGAGGACACGCUGAUUAUGUUCACGGCUGACAAUGGUAUUCCUUUCCCUAACGCCAAGACGAACCUCUAUGAGCCGGGCAUGGGAGAGCCCAUGAUGAUCUCUCUACCACAGAACAAAAACUCCUGGGGACAGUUCUCUGACGCACUAGCCAGCACUAUGGACUUCACCCCCACCAUCCUGGACUGGUUCGGCGUCCCUUACCCAGACUACACUCUCAACGGUCUGAAGGUCAGCCUAACAGGACGCUCAUUGCUUCCCCUGACGUCAUCGCAUCAGGGGGCGGGACAGGAUUUUACUGUGGCGUAUAGCAGUCAUGACUUCCAUGAGACCAAAACAACAAAAACACACAUAAAUUUCGUUUACCUUCUCCACAGAACCCAGACCGGCAUCCCAACCAACUGGUUCAAAACCUUACCACAAUACUACUACCGAGAGGAGUAUGAACUGUUUGACCUCACCUAUGACCCCGAGGAGCUGCAUAACUUGGCCUAUGAACCCAGCCACGCUGACAUCUUGUCCAGUAUGGAGAAGAAGCUGAUUGAGUGGCAGUGGAAGACCAACGACCCUUGGGUCUGCAUGCCUCACGGGGUCCUUAUUGACGGCCAGUGUUACCCCAUGUUGAACCAACCUGCUAAAUGAGAAGUUGAACCAAUCUGCUAAUGAGAUGCUCAACUAACCUGCUAAUUGAAAUGUUUAACCAGCCUGCUAAUAGAAAUAUUCAACCAGUCCGCUAAUUGGGAUCCAACCUGCUUAGUGAGAAAUUCAACCAACCUGCUAAGUGAAAUGUUCAAGGGUGUAGAAUGAUUCGACUAAAGUCGCUUGAAGCAAAGCUAAUUUUGCUGUCACAGUCUACUUUCGUUUGUGUUUUUGUGUGAUCAUUUUGAAUAGUUGUUAUAAAAUAAAAAGCUUUCUGAAAGGAAUAAAUAUUACUGGACUACUUCUAUGUAUUCCACAUUGGAUACUUAACUUGUUUUGUCUUCAUAAUAUGAAUAAUAUUAUUGGUUGUAAUUUCUUUUUAAUUGUUGGUGCCUUACCAUUAAAUGAACGUUGUCUCUUUGUCUUUGAUAAA